AUGAUUAUAAAUAUAAUUCUUAUACAGAUUCUUAUAAUGAUCCUCUUGCCGAUUCUUAUAAUAAUCCUUAUGCUGAUUCUUUUAAUAAUUCUUAUACUAAUUUUUACAAUGAUUUCUAUGCUAAUCCUUAUAAUGAUCUCUAUUCCAAUUCUUACAAUGAUCUCCAAGUCAAUUUUUAUAAUGAUUCUUAUAAUAACAGAUCAGAUAAUUUAGAAGAUAAUGAAUCAUCCCAAGCAGAAACUGUUACUA